CCAACCCUGCACCUCCCGGUAAGUGCAUCGCGAGUGUUUUCCCUUCCUUCACCGACGCCCGCGUAAGUGUGCGAAUCGUUCGGCGGUUUUUUUUACCUUCGUUUGGCACAGUUUUGAUCGGUGCGUGUGUGCGUGAGUGUGCGAACCCGUGUGUCCUUCCCGGUGUGACAUCAAACAGCAUCGGCGUGAAAACUCCGCCAAAGCAGGCCGCGAGUGUAAGAAUCCCCAGGUGGUUCCGACAACCAGCCCCAGUGCCGGCUGCAGUUCGUGUGCAACGCUGCGGCAAACAGAUGUUGUGAAGUAUUAAAAACAAGAGAAAGAGAGGGAGAGAGAGAGAGAGUGAGAGAGUUAAACCAACAACCUUACCCCAGAUUGCUGAUUGCGGUGUGCAGCCAUUCAGCAACGAAGACGGCUCCCCCAUCUCAGAACAGAGGAUCAAGAAAGCGCCAACUGAAACGUAGCUCCGGUGCCGGCACCACAGAAACCCGGGGAUUGGCUUCACAGCUUCGCAUCCUCGUAAUCUAAUCCCAAUCGGAGUUUCAUCUUGUAACGGCAGGCUUAACUUGGGACGCAAUUGACGUCACCGGACGAAGCACCAGACCUCACAGGGUGGUGGUGUGGAUGAUCUAAAUCGUUGCCAUUCUUUUCUAAUUAAGAAAUUGAAAAGUGUAACUCCGCCGAAGGAGUGCAUUCCAGAGUGCGAGUGUGAUACACGAAACACGGACGUAACACACAAAACCUCAUUAAAAGACAGCAAAACAUUGCGGAUAGCAAGAAGGAAGGAAAAAAUACGACACCGUAACCGAACCGCCACGAAAGGAAGCCACCAGAGGCGACGUGGCAUCCGUCGAGUGCUUUAAUCAUUUAUAUUUGAGCCGACGGCAGAUCCAACCAAGAAGAGCGUUUUGCCCGCUGAGUUCGAACAACGCAGCUAUUCCUCGGUUAGAUUCCUCGAACCACAAGCGAGCAGCUUCGGAAACACCAAAUCCGACCCCAUCCACCAAACAGCGCUUCCCGGACUCGUACACACAAUCACAAAAUGGGCAAGCAAAACAGCAAACUGAAGCCGGAGGUGCUGGAGGAUCUGAAGCAGAACACAGAAUUCUCAGACGCUGAGAUACAGGAAUGGUACAAAGGGUUCCUCAAAGAUUGCCCAAGCGGCCAUCUAUCGGUAGAGGAGUUCAAAAAAAUCUAUGGUAACUUUUUCCCGUAUGGCGACGCGAGCAAGUUCGCCGAGCACGUGUUCAGGACGUUUGACGCCAACGGUGAUGGCACGAUUGACUUCCGGGAGUUCCUGUGUGCACUGAGCGUCACAUCGCGCGGUAAAUUGGAGCAGAAGCUGAAAUGGGCGUUCUCGAUGUACGACCUGGACGGUAACGGAUACAUCUCUCGCCAGGAAAUGCUGGAAAUUGUUACCGCCAUCUAUAAAAUGGUCGGCUCGGUGAUGAAGAUGCCAGAAGACGAGAGCACACCAGAGAAACGGACGGACAAAAUCUUCCGUCAGAUGGAUCGCAACAAGGACGGCAAGCUGAGCCUGGAGGAGUUCAUCGAAGGCGCAAAGAGUGAUCCGUCGAUCGUGCGGCUGUUGCAAUGUGAUCCGCAGGCGCAGUGAGCAAUUCCAUGCUAAAAAUAUCCUACAUCGCGCUACAAUAAUAUGCACACAAAACAACACAUUUAACAAAGCAACAAACAAACCAACACACAAGACAGAUGCAGAGCACUUUCACCAAGACCUGAUCCACAAACUCGGGUGGCACCUUUGCUGCACGAAAGAAAGAAGCUCGAUGCAAACAAAACGUUUGAAAGCGUUUAAAACCAACAAACCCUUAUUAGACAAAAAAAAAAACAAAUAUAUAUACAACCAUAUUAAUAUACUUAUAUUUUUUCCUUUACACACUCAAAACUUAAAGUAAAAACAUCCUUAAAGUACGAGUUGAUAAAAAACACGUCAUGCAAAAACUAGCUAAAAUCCAUCAAAAUUCCUCAACGUUUUAAUAUAUUGUAAAUGGUAGUAACAAAAAAGAGAAACUAUUGGAACACGAGUUUAAACGAAGAAGCCUGCCUAUGUUGAGGGUUAACAUAAAUGAAAUGCUACCAACUACCGAUUGCUAUAUGUUUAAUCAGGCUGACAAGCUUGACUUGAUCAACCUGGACAAACCGUGUCAUGUCGAUCACACUUAUCGGAAAUCAGAAUUUGUGUCAUUUUAUGGGCUGAAAUGCAAACGUACCGGUUCGCGCAAACCGUUCCUUAAGAGAUUUAAAAAGGCUAUAAAAUCAAUCUCAUUUUUUCGACUGCGGUUUGUGAUGUUUGACCUCGGGGCUUCAGUAGAAUUACAGGUAACUAAAGAUAAAAAAGCAUUUUAACACCGAUAAAAUGGGCGAAUUCGAAGUGAAAAAAUUACCCUAUCUCUGGAAUGGAGAGAUCCGAUGUAUAAACAACAAAUCGAUAGUCAACUUGUGAAACCGCCCAAAAAGGUACAUUUGCCGUCAUUUUGUAUUUGAAUCUUCGUUUUAGCUUUUGCAUAGAGUUAUCGUUAUUUUAUAUUACGGUUUCUUGCGUAAAUUGCGCAAUAAGCGCAUUCUAUUUGUAUAAUCUCUUGUCGCGUGUAAAACUAGAUUACCUUCCGCAAUCUCGUUCGAUUUUCGAUCCCUCCAAUUCGGUUCCUUUCCCUGUAAGUCGCGAUAUUCUCAGGAUUUGUAAUGAUUUCCAAACACAUUCGUGCGUCGACGUUAACGUUCAAUUCACUUAUUAAGAGGGUUUUUUACUAAACUCUCUCCACAUCAUAAUUGGAUCACCGUCAUGUGCCACUCUGUCGAACACUAGAAAGCAAAAUGAAUAGCAAUCGAGCUAACGAACACGCACUCACAAAUGCAUUAAAAUAGCUUCCAUUUUGUUCCUGUUGCCCCGCUGUUUGUCGCCGCUUUUCGGUUACAUUGCGUUGAGCCAAAGCCAUUGGGCGAGAUUAGCGUCCGUGGGUGGGUGGCGGGUGUGAUUUUAGCUCCAGAGAUCACACCCGACAUCCCGGCCCGUAAAGCCCUCUGUACCUUCCGAGAGAUAGUAGGACGCAAAAACGAUCAAUGCCACAUUAAAGCUAACAAAUUGGUUUUGCGACCACCGGCAGUAGAUUAAUAUUUGAAGACAUUGUUGCGGGUUUAUCUUGAAUUUUCACGAUGUCUUUAAUAUCCUAGAGGGAGCCUGUUGUCGCACGGCCAUUUGUUUUUGAAGUGUCUUGUUAGUUGGCCUACCGCUAUGGUAUGAUUGAUUGCACAACACCGUGUGCUGAUCGGCUGCAAAUGGCAUCGGCCCAACCGAAGUUCGACGUUUCUCGAAAGCGCUUCAAACAGAAUAAUUGAAAGCGUCUAAACAGGAACAAGAUAUGUAACGAAUUGAGCAUACGGCUAAUAUUUGCAGUAUAGUUGAAAAGCGUAUCACACAAAUACGUAUAUAUACCCACAAACAUACAUUCGCCUUCCCUUUCACACACGCACAGUAAUACGCAAUCUCACACUCGACCGUUCGAACCAUACACGAAUGGAAAUGGAAUUUUUUGCUGCCUCCGCGAACUCACCUGGCAAACGCCCGAUGUGAUGAGAUGAUACACAAGACAUUCAAUCUCAAUCAAACUUUCUCACGGUAAUACAUCAGCGUAGCAUAAGCAAUAGCGAGUGUACACUGUAGUAUAGUAUAUCCUGAACGUCUGAAAGGUGUUGAUAACGACUCCAAUUCGUACCAAAUGUAACCAAUUGAAAGGCAGAUUUUUGUACGCAGGAACGUCAGACGCCAUAGAGUAGCUAAAUCGGUUAUCGGUGAAAAACGGAAUGUAUAAUCGGAUGGAAUUGAGCUAUUAUGCUAGCGUACCAACAUAUUCAACACUGAGAUCGUGGAUUCACGGCGCAAUGUGAUGCGAUCAAUACGAAACGCUCGAACGAAAAUAGUAAGAAAAUACUGAUAAGCCCAACGCAAAUGAACGCACGGAAAACAGAAGGUUCUUUCAAUAAUGGGAGUUGCUUUCCAUUUAGGCGUAUUUUCAAUUUUUGUUUCGUCGAUCCAAACCACACAGCAACAAAUGCAAACAACAACUAGCGCUGGCUGAUUUAAAGAUGUUCGUUUUAAAGAUCAGGAACCUACAUUGCGCAGAACGCCAUAUUAUCCAGCCGACCCAAUAGUUCACAUAGGGCUUAUGAAAGUAUUUGUUGCUUCCCUCCAUUAUGUAUUAUACCUUCAUCGUAACCGUUGCUAUGCGUCAGCAUAACGAUGCGGUUCGUUCAACAGCACAUCAACCUCCCAGUUAAGAGACUGGUUCAUAACGUACAUAAACAUUAUCGUGUUUUAUAUUAUUAUUAUCAUUAUUAUUAUUAUUAUUAUAUUAUUGUCGCUAUUGAUUUCUGCGCAAGUUGGUUUGACGCAUCUGUCGUAAACAUUAUUUAUUAUAUUUAGCCAUGAAUUGGUACGUUACACCCAAUAUUGCGAAUUUAUUAAACUUAUUCCCAAUUUGUUUUGUCGUUCUCUAUUUAAACACAGUUCUUUUGCUUUUGUGUUUACAUGUGUUAUGAAACAUUCACUAUUUAAAUUUGCCUUGAUUGCAAAAGAAACUAUUUCAUGAAAAAUGGUAUGCACACCAAUCGUGGACAGCACCGAAAAUGUGUGUAGUGUUUCACGCCAUGAUUUAAUGUUUCACAAUUUGUACUUUACGCUAUACGAAGAAACUGUCUCGAUCAUUUGAGGGAGUACAUUGUUGUGGCAGUAUUCUCACGACAGUGCAAAUUCUAUAGGCUGUACUGGCUAAACAGAAAUUCGUUAAAUGUUAUAAUAAGUUUGCCAUUUGGCGCUUGUUGAACAAUUAACCAGACAGAUCUGAACUUUACACACUUGUAAUCUUUUUGUCGAUAGAAAAACACAAAAAUAAAUACGACAAAUUUAUGAAUUUACCACGUGUAACCUCUCAGUUUUUGCUCAUGAAUAGGAAAAUGUUGUCCUUCUCAGAGUAGAUUAUCUAAAAUUCAUUUAGCCCUCGCAUCUAGUUGAUCGUUCCUCCCAAUCUAAUAUAGACAUUUCUUGAUCCGUAAAUGACACAAUAAAUGACACUAUCGAUGAAAAAAGAUAAACUUACAGUAAGAUAAUCAAAUGUCACUGAGAAGGAGCAGCGACUAAAAUUACAAAACUAAGCAAUUCCCUAUUUUGAGUGCAUUGACGUUAACACACAUCCAUACUGCAAACAAUGAGAAACGUAAAAUAACGAGAAUGGUAUGAUCGUA